UAAGAGAUUAGCCAAAAAAGAACAUGAAUUCCUCGUUUCUAAACACCCUCUGAAGUCUUCUUCGUGCAAAACCUAUUUUUUUUUAUUUACAAAACCUCAAGUAGUUGUGAAAAUCAUUCCUUUUUUUUAAUGUAAGUUAUCGUAGUUGUUGAUAUCAAGGCCUCAUGUUAAGCUCCUAUGCCUUUCAAUGCUUUCAUCCCCCACUUCUUCCACCUUCUCUGUCCAAAAUUCGGGUUCAGACUUCACCCACUCACUUUUCUUUUAAUGGGAUCUUCCAAUCUAAUUUCAAGCUCACAAACAAGAAAUGGAAAUUUUCAUGCUUUAGGCAUGAAGGUUUCUCCCCAGAAACCCCAAAAUCCGAAUAUAUUGACCAUUUCCUGCCUGAAGAAACAGAACAACCUGAGUUUGACAAGUCUAGUGCUCGAAAAAGAAACUGGAAAUCAUCUCUUCAGCAGGCUGCAGAUGCAGUUUCAAGAGCAGUUGGCAAGAGGUGGAAUGUACCAUGGACUGUAGAGACCAUUGUGCAGGUUAUGCUUCUCUGGGUAGCUGCAUUCUGGUUCAUUGGGUCUUGGAUAAUUCCUUUUGCUGCUCACAUGGCUGGGUUGAGCAAGGAAUCUCUAACAUUCAGGGAACAGGCCUUGUUCAGCCUUGUGACGGACGUAAGUGAAGGCCUUUCUGGGAUUGCAAUACUCCACCGUUGUCUGUCUCGGUUCCAUCCCCUUCCAUCGGAUUGGUUUAAAUUUAGCUUGAGAGGAAAGUGGUUUAUCGAUGUUGUGAUAGGGUGCCUCAUGUUUCCUGUCAUCAAUCGAUUAUCACAAUUUAACCUCAACUUGCUGCCUGUUAUGCCUUCUACACCCGUAACCCUUUCAAGCGUCGAGCAGUCAAUCUUAGCAAGGGAUCCAACAGCCAUGGCAUUAUAUGCGAUUGUAGUUUCGAUAUGCGCUCCGGUAUGGGAGGAGGUCAUCUUCCGGGGUUUCCUUCUUCCUUCAUUGACCAAGUACAUGCCUGUAUGGUGCGCUAUAGUGGUGAGUUCGGUCGUGUUUGCGCUGGCACAUUUUAAUGUACAGAGAAUGGUACCACUUGUUUUCCUAGGAAUGGUGAUGGGUGUCGUUUUCGCACGAACGAGGAAUCUGUUGCCAUCUAUGCUUCUCCACAGCCUUUGGAAUGGCUUUGUAUUCUUGGAUUUAAUGAGAUGAGCUUGUUUAUCAUGCAUGUGAAAGUGAAACAUAAGUUUCAGGUCUGGGGGAAUGCUUGUUUGCUAGGGUUUUAAGCAUGUUAUCGGCAACACAAUCGAAUUCGAAUGGCUAGAAAAUUUAUACAGAUACAGAUCCAGCAACUGUUGGGGAACACAGCUCAUAUUUGUAUAGAAUAGCUUAAGAGAAUCGAUCCACCAGUUCUGUUUGUCUUUGAUAAUAGCAUGUAAAGUAAAAGCAACAAAGACAAUGCAAAUAUGCAUGCAUGUAUGUAUGUAUGUGUGUAAGUAGAAAGAAUGAAAUAAAUAGAUUCAU